CGAAUGGUCACGAAUGUAUCCGAAAAUGCGCGCGAGGAACCUGUAAACCAGGCAGGCGGGCAGGCAGGGAGACAGCGUGAUUGAAGGGACUGUAGGCAGGCAGACCAGCAGAGAGUAUCCGACCCCUCUGGAGCAGAAGUCCGCGAGACACAAACUCUGGAUUCACAACAAUAGAAGCUUUUCCUCUCUACCGUAGUUAUAGCAACCAGUCUCAAUAACGGGAUUAUAACGGCCGCGUGGCACAUUAGUAGAGGAAGAGUCGUUGCUCUGUGGAAUCAAAGAAUUUUCCAGUCGAUUUUAAAAGUGGAUUUGUACGUGGCCAACUGAACCGGGUGAAACGAGCGGCUGCGGUGCACGGAAAGAAAUGCAAACCGCGGCGGAACGGAGAGACGGUUUUAGUCUAUGAUUGCGUGAGAGCUGCGAGAGCAGAGCGGGGACCGAGGGGGAGCAGUGCCAACCUGGAACAUGGUGCCUAAUAUUUGCACGUCCAUGCCCUUCCUGCCUGUUGGGCUUCCUCUUCUGCUACUGCUGAGCUGCGUGCAGUUUUCCUCUCAGGCAGACAGCUUGCCAAAUUUCAUCAAAUCUCCAGAGGACCAGACGGGGAUUUCGGGAGGAGUGGCAUCCUUUGUGUGCCAAGCAGCGGGUGAGCCCAAGCCUCGGAUCACAUGGAUGAAGAAAGGAAAGAAAGUUAGCUCCCAGCGCUUUGAGGUGAUUGAAUUUGAUGAUGGCUCGGGCUCAGUUCUCCGCAUACAGCCGCUACGUACUCACAGGGACGAGGCCAUCUACGAGUGCACAGCCACCAACAGUGUGGGAGAAAUCAACACCAGUGCCAAACUUACUGUGCUGGAAGAAAACCAGAUUCCUCAUGGCUUCCCCACCAUAGACAUGGGCCCUCAGCUGAAAGUAGUGGAACGGACAAGAACAACUACGAUGCUCUGUGCCGCUAGUGGGAACCCUGACCCAGAGAUCACUUGGUUCAAGGACUUCCUGCCUGUAGACAUCAACGGCAAUGGGCGAAUCAAACAGCUUCGUUCAGGAGCUCUGCAGAUUGAAAACAGCCAGGAAUCAGACCAGGGCAAGUACGAAUGUGUGGCUAUGAACAGCGCCGGGACGCGCUACUCGGCCCCCGCAAAUCUCUACGUGCGAGUACGGCGAGUGCCGCCCCGUUUCUCUAUUCCACCUACCAAUCACGAGGUGAUGCCAGGGGGCAGUGUCAACCUCACCUGUGUGGCGGUAGGUGCCCCCAUGCCCUAUGUCAAAUGGAUGGCUGGUGAGGUGGAGCUCACCAAGGACGAGGAGAUGCCCGUGGGACGCAAUGUCCUGGAGCUCACCAACAUCCGUCAGUCGACCAACUACACCUGUGUAGCUAUUUCAUCUCUCGGUAUGAUCGAGGCAACUGCACAAGUUUCUGUCAAAGCUCUCCCAAAGCCUCCUACGUCUCUAAUUGUGACGGAAACCACAGCUACCAGUGUUACACUGACAUGGGAUUCUGGAAACCCUGAACCUGUGUCUUACUACAUUAUCCAGUACCGGGCCAAGACCUCGGACUCCAACUUCCAGGAAGUGGAUGGUGUUGCCACCACACGUUAUAGCAUCGGUGGUCUCAGCCCUUAUUCCGAGUAUGAGUUCCAUGUCAUGGCGGUCAACAACAUUGGCCGUGGUCCACCCAGCGACCCAGUUGAGACACGGACGGGUGAGCAAGCACCUUCCUCCCCACCACUGCAUGUCCAGGCACGUAUGCUGAGUGCCAGCACCAUGUUGGUGCAGUGGGAACCGCCGGAGGAACCUAAUGGUCAGAUUAGAGGCUAUCGCAUCUACUACACAUCUGACCUGGACGCGCCUCUCAGUGCCUGGCAGAAACACAACACGGACGACAGCCGUCUCACCACCAUCUCGAACCUGACCCCCGACAUCACCUACAGCCUGCGUGUGUUGGGCUUUACAUCUGUAGGGGACGGACCCCCAUCUGAUGUGUUGCAGGUCAAGACACAACAAGGAGUACCUGCUCAGCCUUCCAACUUUGAGGCUGAAGCAGAGCUGGAUACGCGGAUCCAGCUAACUUGGCUGUGGCCAGUUCAGGACCCCAUCAUCAAAUAUGAGCUGCUAUAUUGGGAGGCUGACUCAGAGAACAAGAUCCAUGUCACCUUCGACCCUGCGGGCUCAUACGCUGUUGAAGGUCUGAAGCCGGACACUCUGUAUAAAUUCUCCUUGGCGGCCCGCUCUGAAAUGGGGCUAGGGGUCUUUACUCAACCCAUUGAAGCCAGGACUGCCCAGUCCACCCCCUCAGCCCCCCCUCAAGACGUGCACCUGCUCAGUCUGAGCUCCACCAGCAUCAAGGUGAGUUGGGUGGCGCCGCCCGCCGCUAGUCGCCACGGCGCUAUUGUGCGCUACACAGUCAGCUACCAGGCAGUGAACGGCGAAGACACUGAGCGCCAUGAGGUACCGGACAUUGGAGCGGAUGCCAGCAGCUGUGUGCUGGAGGCGUUGGAGAAGUGGACAGAGUAUCAGGUGUGGGUGAGAGCACACACCGAUGUGGGCCCCGGCCCAGAGAGCACAGCUGUGCGUGUCCGUACCAACGAGGACGUGCCUGGAGCUCCACCACGGAAAGUCGAAGUAGAGGCUGUGAACUCCACAGCUAUUCGUGUGACAUGGAAGCCACCUCUUUCUGGGAAGCAGCACGGCCAGAUCCGGGGAUACCAGGUCAUAUACUCCCGCCUGGAGAACGGAGAGCCACGUAGCCAGCCAAAUAUAAUGGAUGUCGCUCUGCCAGAAGCACAGGAGGCUGUGAUCACUGGACUUCACUCUGAGACCUCUUACUCCGUUACCGUGGCAGCAUACACAACCAAGGGUGAUGGGGCACGCAGCAAAGCCAAAGUCAUCACCACCACCGGAGCAGUGCCUGGGAAACCCACCAUGAUCAUCAGCACCACCAUUGGCAACACGGCCCUCAUCCAGUGGCAGCCUCCUAAGGACAUGGUGGGUGAGCUGAUUGGCUACCGACUACGGUACAAGCGUGUGGAGGAUGAAAACUAUGAAGUCCGUGAGUUCGCACGCAAUGACGACCACCACACCGCCACAGAACUGCACAAGGGCGCCACCUACACCUUCCACCUGAGCGCCAGAAACCGGGCAGGAGCUGGAGAGGAGUAUGUAAAAGAGAUCAGCACACCGGAGGACGUGCCAAGUGGGUUUCCCCUCAACCUACGUGUCGUAGGCCUGACCACCUCCACCACCCGCCUUGCCUGGGACCCCCCGGCCCUCUCUGAGCGCAACGGCCGGAUCACACAAUAUCUAGUGAUGUACCGUGACAUCAACAACAUACAGAACGGCACCAAUCGCACAUCUGACACUCAGAUGACCAUCCAGGGGCUUCGGCCAGACACCACCUAUGAUAUCCGUGUGCAAGCCUUCACCAGCAAGGGAGGGGGUCCCAUAAGUCCUAGUAUCCAGAGCAGGACCAUGUCUACAUCACCUGCAUUUGCCACAAGUUUUGGUGUCAAAGCUGUGAUGAAAACCUCUGUCCUUCUCACCUGGGAGGUGCCAGAAAAUUAUAAAUCCCAAGUGCCUUUUAAGAUCCUCUAUAACCAGCAGAGUGUGGAAGUCCAGGGCAACCUCAAGAGGAAGCUGAUCACGCAACUGCAGCCGGACACUAAUUAUUCCUUCGUGCUGAUGAGCCGGGGAAAUAGCGCUGGUGGCCUGCAGCAGCAGGUCUCUAUUCGUACCGCACCUGACCUGUUCAAAACUAAACCUGUCCUGUACACAGCAGACCAGACCAGCAAUGGCAAACUCACCAUCAACCUGCCCAAAUUGCCUACCACAGCUCCUAUCAGGUGGUACUACAUUGUGGUCAUGCCCGUGUCUCUUACAUCAUCCCGUAAGUGGGUUAAUCCUGACGAGAUGGAGCUGGAUGAGCUCUUGGAGUCUAGUGAGGGAGCUCUGCUCAGGAGACGACGUCACACGGACACUGUUAGGCCGUACAUCGCCGCAAAGCUGCAAUCCCUCCCAGACACCUUCACCUUGGGAGACGAAAAGACGUACAACGGCUUCUACAACCGUCCCCUUCCUAACAACCGACACUACCAGUGCUUUGUCAUGGCUGAACUCAAGGACCAAUACCCUGUUACUGCCAAUGAGAAGCAGCGGACCUUCUCGGCCAGCCCAUACUCGGACCCCAUCACCGUACAGGAUAAAAACCUUAUGCAGCCCAGUGUGGACCAGCCUGAGAUGCUCUGGGUUAUGGGCCCCGUUCUUGCCGUAGUGCUCAUCAUCAUCAUAGUCAUCGCCAUCCUGCUCUUCAAGAGGAAGAGAGCAUCCCCCCUACCGAAAGAUGAUCACUCUGGUGGAGUGAAGGAUUGUCUUCUGGCCAACUCGUCUGAUCCUGUAGAAAUGAGGAGACUCAACUACCAGACACCAGGAAUGAGGGAACAUCCUCCUAUAUCUGUCUGCGAGCUGGCAGACCACAUAGAGCGACUCAAGGCCAACGAUGCCCUCCGAUUUUCCCAGGAGUAUGAGUCCAUUGAUCCAGGCCAGCAGUUCACAUGGGAGAACUCCAACUUAGAGGUCAACAAGCCAAAGAACCGUUAUGCCAACGUUAUUGCUUACGACCACUCGAGAGUUGUUCUCACCCCCGUGGAUGGUGUUCCAGGCAGCGAUUACAUCAAUGCCAACUACACUGAUGGCUACCGUAAGCAGAAUGCCUACAUUGCCACGCAGGGCCCUCUGCCUGAGACUCUGAGCGACUUCUGGAGGAUGGUUUGGGAGCAGAGAGCCAGUACCAUCGUCAUGAUGACCAGACUGGAAGAGAAGACCAGGGUGAGUACCAGGGGCAUAGAUAAGUCAAGACCCAUGUGCGGAGUACAGCAACAGGCCAGUGGCACCCAGGGUUGUGCUGGAGUGGGCCGCACAGGCUGCUUCAUAAUUAUUGACGCCAUGCUGGAGCGGAUGAAACACGAGAAGACGGUAGACAUUUAUGGCCACGUCACAUGCAUGAGAGCCCAGAGGAACUACAUGGUGCAGACGGAGGAUCAGUACAUCUUCAUCCACGAGGCCUUGCUGGAGGCCGCCACCUGUGGAAACACAGAGGUCCCUGCCCGAAAUCUCUACGCCCACAUCCAGAAGCUCACCCAGCCACUGCCUGGAGAGACCGUCACAGCCAUGGAGCUGGAGUUUAAGAGACUCGCCAACUCCAAAGCCCACACCUCACGAUUCAUCAGUGCCAACCUGCCCUGCAACAAGUUCAAGAACCGGCUGGUCAAUAUCAUGCCUUUUGAGUCCACACGGGUGUGCCUGCAGCCAAUCCGAGGAGUGGAGGGGUCUGACUACAUCAAUGCCAGCUGCAUCGAUGGAUACAGACAGCAGAAGGCCUAUAUUGCCACUCAGGGCCCUCUAGCAGAGACCACUGAGGACUUCUGGAGGAUGUUAUGGGAGCACAAUUCCACUAUUGUAGUGAUGCUGACCAAACUCAGAGAGAUGGGACGGGAGAAGUGUCAUCAGUACUGGCCAGCUGAGCGCUCUGCCCGCUAUCAGUACUUUGUGGUGGAUCCCAUGGCUGAAUACAACAUGCCCCAGUACAUCCUGCGAGAGUUUAAAGUCACAGAUGCCAGGGAUGGUCAGUCUAGAACCAUUCGGCAGUUCCAGUUCACUGAUUGGCCGGAGCAGGGAGUGCCAAAAACUGGAGAGGGGUUCAUCGAUUUCAUUGGACAAGUUCAUAAAACCAAGGAGCAGUUUGGGCAGGAUGGACCAAUCACUGUGCACUGCAGUGCUGGAGUGGGAAGAACAGGUGUUUUCAUCACUCUAAGUAUUGUCCUAGAGAGGAUGAGAUAUGAGGGUGUGGUGGAUCUGUUCCAGACCGUUAAGACCCUGCGCACUCAAAGGCCUGCCAUGGUGCAGACAGAGGACCAGUACCAGCUGUGCUACAGAGCCGCUUUGGAGUACCUGGGGAGCUUUGAUCACUAUGCAACGUAACCACUCCUGGACCACAGCCCUCUGGUACAACUCUUCAGGAGUGCACCAAGUGUUCCUUCUGAGCCACCAUUUCCCAUCCCCAUCCUGUACAGAGAUCUGGGGGGUGGGAAGGGCAGGCUAUCCAGUGGCUGGUUAACCAAUCACAGCAGUCCAUUAUCGACUGGCACCAAGAGAUUGCUUUAAGAAAUUUAGACAACUCUCUUUCAAGAAGCACCAUCUAAAAAAAACUACAUUCUAGUUUCUCCUUAGCGUACGCCAACCCACACUACGGUCGAAGGCUACUGGUAGCACUCAUUCUUCUUUUUUUUUUAAAUCAUGAUUAUCAUUUGUUAUUAUUUUUAAAAAUCCAUUAUGCCAAUAUUGUUAUUAUUCUUAUUUAGAAUAUUUGUGUUUUUAUUUUUAAAUCAUCUUUUAACAUCUUUUGUCUUAAUGGCCUUUUCCAUGGGUCUACCUUUUGCUUAUUUGGUACUGUUUUAUUUUGUAUUUUCUUCAUAAUAUGUUAUUUUAGCACAAGGACAUGUAUUUUUAACAUGCUCCUGAUACUAAUACCAGAGAACCACUGGUUCUCUAAGCUGCUGAUGGUUGGACUUUGUAACAUGAUUUUACUGUUGUUAAUUAUUUUUUUCUUCGUUAUGUAUAAUUGGUCUUAUUGGGCUAAAAUGAGUGGGUUCACUUUUGGAGAAGCCUUUAAUGUUCUGUCUCGAUAAAAGAAAAAUCUCCAACUGCGAGACGUAUGUAUUUGGGUUAGUGGUACUAAAUUAAGAAAAGCUUUUUGUAGGAGAAAGCAAAUCAACUAAUAAAAUCGGCACUGUACAGAACUCAGUAAGGGUUAAAUGCGAUUUGUGAGGAAUACAUUACGACCUUCUGAUUGGAGCGCAUUCACCGUGAGGGAUGUUAGCGGCAACUGAACGCAAUCCUAACGAAAAGUGCCCCUUCUCUGUGACGUUUAAAGACCUGAUAUUGAAAUGAGACCAAUCGCCAUUGGCACCUGUACAGUAUAAACCACUCCCCCCAAGGGAGAGUCAGCUCUGUUUAAUCCAACUCUUCUUUUUUAUACAGAAAUAUAUAGACAUAAAUUUAUAAUUAUGGAUAAAUAUAAAUACUAUUAUACAGUAUAUAAACAGCUUCUGCUCUAUUGUCCAUAAUUCUCUCAAAACGUAAUCCUGGACUUUUCUUGAUAUACCGACAUAGAGAAAAUUACACGAGAGACUGCUGUGUGUGAGUCUAUUCAUGGUACAAAAGUUAUAUCUACUGUAGUAUCUGCGCACCCCAGGUAUUUGGUGGCCUCCUCUGGUGGGGUGGGGCAGCAAAUUAAAAACACUUCCUACAGGACAACAUUUCAUGCCUGCUCAAUUACAACCGGCAUGUUAAAGGGAGACCUGGCCAUACAUUCAGAAUAUGUUGGAAAGUUCAUUUUUACCUUGUGAAUGAUUAGUGCUGUAGAGGUUCGAUCUGUUGUAUACACAGUCUGUUUUCUAUUUGUUAAUAAGAAAACUGGAAUAAAAAAAAAAAAUGUUGCAGGAAAAAAA